AUAGCUGCAAAGUGCAAACGCAAGACAGCGAGAGAGAGAGAGAGAGAGAGAGAGAGAGUGAAUGUCGAGUUGGAGAAUGAUGGAAAAGGAUUGGCGGGGAUAUAUUGCAUUUUCUAUGCGCACUAAGAAGAAGAAAAUGCGCAAACGCAUAUUUAGAAUCCCAACAAAAGCCCGACUCUGUGGGCCCAUUUCCGCCAUGGCCAAGAACCAUCACCCACCUCAACUCCCCCACCCCAACCCCCAUCAUUACCAUCAAGAAAUCUCUUUUACUUCUUCUCUAAUUCAUAACAUUUGCACCCACAAACCAAAAUUUGCCCUUUUUCUCAUAAAACCCAUUUCAUAAAAUUAAAAUUUAAAAAUAAAAAGAGUGUGUGUGUGUGUGUGUUUUUUCUUUUUCCAUUUCAUUUUUCUUACUCUCCAACUCUUUCUUAAAGAGUGAAGAAACUUUGGCUGUGGUGAUGGAGGGUUGUUGAGGACGUGGAGUUUGGGUUUGUUUCUGGUUAUGGUAUAAUGGGGAAUUGCUGGUGCAGGUUGGAGCCUUCAGUUUAUAGAGUCUCAUCCAAUGGGAAGUCAGAGUCUCCAAAAGAUCAGAGCCCCUCAGCGAAACCUAGAAAUGAUGAUAGUAAGUUACCAUCUAAUCCUGAAGAAGUUGAGAAGCUUCGUCGUGAUUCAGCAGCAAAUCCAUUGAUUGCAUUCACAUUCAGUGAAUUAAAGAUAAUGACUGGAAAUUUUAGGCAAGACCACAUGUUGGGUGGUGGAGGAUUUGGAAGUGUUUAUAAAGGUUUCAUCACUGAGGACUUAAGAGAGGGUCUUCCACCUCUUCAAGUGGCUGUAAAGGUUCAUGAUGGAGAUAAUAGUUAUCAAGGACACAGAGAAUGGCUGGCAGAAGUCAUAUUUUUGGGGCAGCUUUCCCAUCCAAACUUGGUAAAACUGAUCGGUUAUUGCUGUGAAGAUGAACAUCGGGUAUUAAUAUAUGAGUACAUGGCUCGGGGUAGCGUGGAAAACAAUUUAUUCUCAAGAGUAUUGCUUCCCAUGCCUUGGUCCAUAAGAAUGAAGAUUGCACUUGGUGCUGCAAAAGGACUUGCCUUCCUUCACGAAGCUGAGCAACCUGUCAUCUAUCGUGAUUUUAAGACAUCUAAUAUUCUGCUGGACCUGGACUACAAUGCAAAGCUCUCUGACUUUGGCCUUGCAAAAGACGGACCAGUAGGUGACAAAUCUCAUGUUUCUACACGCAUAAUGGGGACAUAUGGAUAUGCUGCACCAGAGUACAUCAUGACUGGCCAUUUAACUCCUAGAAGUGAUGUUUACAGCUUUGGUGUUGUUCUUCUUGAGCUUUUGACGGGAAGAAAAUCUUUGGACAAGUUGAGACCAGCUCGGGAGCAAAACCUCACAGAUUGGGCUCUUCCUCUGCUUAAAGAGAAGAAGAAAUUUCUGAAUAUUGUGGAUCCAAGACUGGAGGGAGAUUAUCCUAUAAAAGGAGUUCACAAGGCAGCCAUGUUGGCUUACCAUUGCUUGAACCGAAACCCAAAAGCCAGGCCUCUAAUGAGAGACAUCGUGGACUCCUUGGAGCCCUUGCAGGUUCCUGUGGAAGUUUCUGCUGAAAAAACUGGUCUGACUGUGAUCAGCCAGAUUCCAGAAGCACAAAUUAAAAUAGUAGAGAAUUCAAAAUGUACUUGACAUGGGUACUGUUUUGGUGUCACAAGUUUUUUCUCCAGUUUUGGAAUAGAUAGUUUUUCUUGUUUGUAUAUGGAAAAAAGAGAAAGAUAUGCCUGUUCUUUUUUCUUUUUUCUUUUGUUUUUUGGAACGUGGUUUUGAUGAUAACUAGCAAUUUGAUUAUUGUAACAAAUACGUAAAUAUCAAUCUAAAAGGCAGAGGAUAUGGAAUU